GCUUCUUCAACAACAACAGCUAGUCAGACCCAUCGGUAGCUUUUUAGCAAACAUAGCUACAACAUUCACGCUCUUUACAAUGUUUUGGUGUAUAUUAGUCGCUGUCUAUUAAACACACUUCUGUCGUAUGUACUUGUUGGCCCAUUUAAUUAUAUAUUUACGUUGUUUAUCAGCUAGCUGGUUUGCUAAGUUAGCUUAGAACUAGGCUAGUCACUAAUGCUAGCUAGCUAACAUCUCCGACCAUGAGUUCACUGAAUUACUCUCCUUCUGCUAAAGAAGAGGUGGUCUGCUGGACGGAGAAAGGAGCUUUCGUGAAAGAGGAGGACGAAGAGGAGGCUGUUACAAUACAAAAACAAGUAGAGGGUGAGGCUGUUACCGUGAAAGAAGAAGAGAAAGACGUUACAGUGAAAGAAGAGGAAGAUGCGUUCAGAGUGAAAGAGGAGGAGGAUGUUACAGUAAAAGACGAGGCGUUCAGAGUGAAAGAGGAGGAGGAUGUUACAGUAAAAGAAGAGGCGUUCAGAGUGAAAGAGGAGGGAGAUGUCACAGUAAAAGAAGAGGAGGAAGAGAAAGAUGGGGAUGCAGUUUUUGGAGUGAAAGAGGAGGGGGAGAUGACUGUCACAUUGGAGGAAGAGGAGGAGGUUGGAGAUCUGUUUAACACCAGAGAGAGAUCGGACUAUUGUGGAUCCUCUGGGGAGUCUCAACAACAUCAUGAUGCUGACGAGGCAGAGAAGAGUCUCUCCAGAUCAGAACUCCUCAAGAAACACCAGCAGAGACCCACAGGGAAGAAAUCUAUCUGCUGCUCUGACUGUGGGAAACAUUGCAAAUCUUCAUCAAAACUUAAAAUACACCAGCGAGUACACACAGGAGAAAAACCUUAUAGUUGUGAUCAGUGUGGCAAGAGUUUUACUAAGUCAAACAACCUGGUAUCACACCAGAGAACACACACAGGAGAGCAGCCGUAUAGCUGUAAGCAAUGUGGGAGGAGAUUUUCUCAGUCAAACAGCCUGGAUAGACACCAGAGAACACACACAGGAGAGAAGCCUUAUAGCUGUAAUCAAUGUGGGAAGAGUUUUACUCAGUCAAGCUCCCUGAAAUCACACCAUAGAACACACACUGGAGAGAAACCUUUUGGCUGUUAUCAAUGUGGGAGGAGUUUUACUCAGCUAAGCAGCCUGAUAGUACACCGGCGGGGACACACAGGAGAGAAACCUUAUAGCUGUGAUCAAUGUGGGAAGAGUUUUACUACAUCUAGCUAUCUAACUAUACACCAGAGAACACACACAGGAGAGAAACCUUAUGGCUGUGAUCAAUGUGGGAAGAGUUUUACUCAGCCAAGCAGCCUGAUAUUACACCAGCGGGGACACACAGGAGAGAAACAUACCUGUGAUCAAUGUGGGAAGAUUUUUACCUCAUCUAGCUAUCUAACUAUACACCAGAGAAUACACACAGGAGAUAAAUCUUAUGGCUGUGGUCACUGUGGGAAGAGUUUUAUUCGGCUACAAACCCUGAAAUCACACCAGAGAAUACACACAGGAGAGAACCCUUGUAGCUGUGAUCAAUGUGGGAAGAGAUACUCUGAUAAAAAAUCUCUGAUUAAACAUCAGAAAAUACAUGGAGUUGUUUCAUGAUAUCAAUUAAAUAAUGUCACAAUGUAGAAUGUUUUAACAUUGUAGAAGGAGUAUUUUAAUGAUGUCACAAUGUAGAAUGUUUUAACAUUGUAGUAGGACUAUUUUAAUGAUGUCACAAUAUAGAAUGUUUUAACAUUGUAGUAGGAAUAUUUUAAUGAUGUCACAAUGUAGAAUGUUUUAACGUUUGCCCCCUGUUCUAUUGAUUUCAACAUGAUAUGGAUAUUAGCCCCAGGGGGAAAAUCCAGGCUCUGAAUUGAAAGAGUACUAUUUAUGUGAUGUAACAAAAAAGUGACUAACAAAAAUAGAGUUGUGUUACACUUACCACAUUGGUGACCCACUUGAAUCAAAUUGCAACAUUUCAAAAUGUUUAGGUUUUCAAUUUAUCCCAAACUGUUUCUGCAUAUUGGUUAUUGAUUUGGACACGUUAAACCUGUGUUUUGACAUUGGCUAUUCCCAUUUAGCAAAAUGUCAUUGAAAAGACGUUGAAAAGAAGACUAUGCCCAACGUCCAAUAUAUGUUCUGUCCAGUAUAUGUUCGGUUGUAGUUGAAAGUGAAAGUUGAAAAGAUGUAUUUUCGGGUCGAUUUUUUUCAAUGACUUAAACUGCUUAAUUUCAACGUACUUGCAGCUUUUUCACCUAUAAUCAAUUUUAUUAACAAUCUGACAUCACUCCAGUAUUUCUUGACAAUAUCAAGUGCUAAUUGUCUUUAUUCCACUACUGAAGAAGCAUGACUCAAAUCACCUCAUAUUUCAAACAUUCAGCCUGACAAAAGGUACAUGUUUUAUUAUUCCAGCCUCACCAUUAACUUAAUUAUUGCCAAUACAUAUUAACAAAGGGGUGUACAUUUGGUUUUGAUAUUUCAUAUUUACAAUUAUGUAACAUUUAGUAAUCAUAGUUAUUCAUGCAACCAACUUGACAUUUUUUGGUACAUUUAUAUUGACGUUGUUGCCCUGUUUUUAUAAUAUCAGGGUUCAUUCUCAGAUGUGCCAACCCAAAUGUACUAGAGCAUGACAUUGGGGACUGGGCCCCGAUCCAACAACAUGCCUUUUGAGUGAACCCUGAAAAGAGAGAGAAGCUCCGCAGUGUUAAGUUACUACGGACAUCGCAGGAGUUUCCUCUUGAAAUCAGACAUGUCCGUGGUCUUUUCCGUAUUGAAACUGCACUGUUGGUUAGGGGCUCGUAAGUAAGAGUUCCAGUGUUGUAUCCGGCGCAUGUGACUAAUACUAUUUGAUUUGAGUUUUGUUUGGGCUCGUUCCAAGGGGACGAGAGUUCUAGAAG